AUGAAGACGCCUCGGCUCCAGCUUGUCCGUCUGACUGAGGACCAUCUCUACGGGUACCACGCUAUCUGGUCCGACAAACACGCAACACGAUGGAGUUCACACGGCUACUGCAAGACCGUCGAAGACAGCAAGAAAUGGAUGUCCAGUCUCCUUCUGUCUAAUAAUCCCAACGGUGACAACUUCGCCGUCAUCAUCCGCAGCGACAUCGACCCAGACAAACUUCCUGAGCAAGACGACGGGAUUGAGUCUAAACUUCUCCAACCAGGUGCAUUCAUCGGAUGGGUCGGUACCUGGUCAGUCUUACCAACACCUGAAGUCGGUUACAUUUUCCAUCCCGAUGCAUGGGGUUACGGCUUUGCCACUGAAGCGCUGCAAGGGUUCGUGACCAUGUUCUGGGAACUCAAAUUGCAGUACAACACCCUGGAUGCUGUAUGCGAUUCACAGAAUGCAGCCUCGGUUAGUGUUUUGGCCAAAUGUGGCUUUGUGCUGGAGGAGAGUACGAAGGAGGAUUACACUUUGCCGUGGAUGGAUCCGCCUCUUCGCGACAGUGUUCGGUUCCGAGUGAAGCGAUCUAUUAAAAUCAACAUGUGGUGUCUGGCCAGGUGA